UAUAAACCCUUCUCACUUAUCCUUCACAUUCCCUUUCAAUGUUUUUUUUGAUGAUUUGUUUAAUUUAGAAGAAAAAUGAACACGGACGAGGAUAAUCCAGAAAAAGCUGAAACUGGUAACACCAGCGACACAAAUAUUGACGAUGAAAAAGAGUCUGAAAAAGAAUCUGAAAAGGAAAUUUCAACAAAAAGUUUGAAAACCAAGUUUUCCCUUUUUGAAGACAAUUCGUAUGAAAGUAUUCGAGCUUCAAGGCCUAGGUCAAAGUCACCUGCAAUGAACCUGGAUGCAACGUCAAUGUUAAGAUCGAGAUCUUCGACGAAGAGUCCUGUACUUCAUGUAAGGUCAAAAUCAAAGAGUUUGCCAAGAUCAAGAUCAUCCAGUGUUUCAAGAUCAAUGUCAAACACAAGAAUUCGCUCUAGAUCAUCAUCCGAAGAUCAGGAGUACAAAUCCAAGUCCAGAUCGGUUUCUCUGAAAUCAAGAUCAAGAUCACUAUCCAGAAACUCUUCAAGAUCUGUUUCAAUGGAUUCAGAAAAUCAAAAGUCAAGAAAUGAAUCAAAAUCAAAGUCCAGCUCAAGAUCAAGAUCAAGGUCCGAAUCCAAAGUUGCAUCAAAAUCAAAAUCAAGAUCAAGAUCAAGGACACGAUCGAAAUCAAGAUCAAUGACAAGAUCGAAAUCAAGAUCAAUGACAAGAUCGAAAUCAAGAUCAAUGACACGAUCAAAAUCAAGAUCAAAAUCAAGAUCAAUGACAAGAUCAACGUCAAGAUCAAAGUCGAGAUCAAGAUCUAGCUCAACUGAAAUCUCGAGGGUGAAAAAAGGUGAUAAAAGAGAGACCAAGAAGCGAAUAUUAGAAUCUGAAGAUGAGAGUGUUGAUAACUUCAGUGAGGAUGAAGAGACAAAGAAUAAAAAGGCGAAAGAUAUAAAAAAGGGGGAGAAGGACAAGGACUCAGAAGACGACAUUCGUGAUGUUGAUAGAGAGGAUGAAGCUCAUCAAGGGAAUGAUUUUGAUCUGAUGAUGCAGAAAAAGAAAGCUGAAAACAAUCACCGAAGGAAAAAGAAAGAUAUUGAUGUAAUCAACGACAACGAUGAUGCUAUUGCAAAAAUGAUAGCAGACAUGAGGAUUGCAGCGAAGGAGGAUCGAGAUUUAAACAUUAUCGGGAAACCAGCAACUAAGAAGAUGGGGAUGUUUAAGAACGUUCUUCAUAACCUGCAGAAAGUUGAACUACAGUUAGCUUUUAUAGAGGCUAAUCUGUUGUCUGUUAUGACUGACUGGCUAGCUCCAAUGCCAGAUAAAAGCUUGCCUCAUAUUAAUAUCAGAACUGAAUUUCUGAAGAUGUUGAAAAAUAUGAAAAUAGAAGAUACUACCAGACUCAAGGAAUCAGGAAUAGGAAAGGCUGUAAUGUACCUGUAUCGACAUCCAAGGGAAGAUCGACACAAUAAAAUACUGGCAGGGCAUAUUAUCAAUGAGUGGGCCAGACCAAUCUUCAAGAAGGAAACUGAUAUGUCCAGAUUGACGAAAGACGAAAGAAGAGAGAAAGAUGCGGAUAUGGCGGCUAGAUUGGGUCGGAAGAAAAAGCGAAAACUUGAAAACGAAGAGGAAGUCCAGAUAAGACCAGGGGAUCCUGGCUGGGUUGAACGAGCUAGAGUGCCUAUGGUGGAUAAUGCUGAAUAUAUUCAAAGACCCGUAUGGCAAACUACAGUGGAAGUUUCAGAUGUGAAAAAGAGCAAUAAAAUCUCUCUCCUGGAGAAACAUAAGAGAUUGUUUGCGGAGAAGAAAAGGCUGAGUAAAAACCUUUCUCUUGUCAAGAUAUCAAUAGAGGGAAGCAAGAUGUCGGAGUAGGACAAGAUCAAGGAAUAGGACAACAUCAAGGAAUAGGACAACAUCAAGGAAUAGGAAAACAUCAAGGAAUAGGACAACAUCAAGGAAUAGGACAACAUCAAGUAAAAGAACAGCAUCACGGAAUAGGAUCGACAGCAUAAAUGAAUAGGACAGCAUGAAGAAACAGAACAAUAUUAGGAAUAGGACAACAUCAAGGAAUAGGACAACAUGAGGGAAAAGGAAAAUAUCAAGGAAUAGGACAAUAUCAAGGAAACGGAAUAUGUCAAGGAAUAGGACAACAUCAAGGAAAAGGACUAUGUCAAGGAAUAGGACAACAUCAAGGAAUAGGACAACAUCAAGGAAUAGGACAACAUCAAGGAAUAGGACAACAUCAAGGAAAUAGGACAAAAUGAAGGAAUAGGACAACAUCAAGGAAUAGGACAACAUCAAGGAAUAGGACAAAAUGAAGGAAUAGGACAACAUCAAGGAAUAGGACAACAUCAAGGAAUAGGACAAAAUCAAGGAAUAGGACAACAUCAAGGAAUAGGACAACAUCAAGGAAUAGGACAACAUCAAGGAAUAGGACAUCAAGGAAUAGGACAACAUCAAGGAAUAGGACAACAUGAGGGAAUAGGAAAAUAUCCAGGAAUAGGACAACAUCAAGAAAUAGGACAACAUCUAGGAAUAGGA